UGUACCUCUCUCUCUCACACUCAUACGAUGUCUCUCUCUCUCCCCCUCCCUCCCUCCCUCCAUCCCUCCCUCGGUCUCCUCUCUCAGUCACGCCUCUUUUCUCUUUCUCUCUCUCUACGCAGAAAACACACAUAAAAACACUCACACACACAAACCGUUGCUGACUCACUCUCCACUGCUCAUACCCCUCGAACUCUCUGCAGUAAUUCUCCGCUGCUCAAAUUGAUUCCAGAACAUAGCAGGUUUGCAACCCCCAUCUAGAAGAGGGGGCCUUCAAAUUAUUGGUCUGGUUCUUUCUAUGGCUAUGGUGAGCAAUUAAGGAAUCGUUCCACUCUGACUCACGUCACAGCCUCCGUCAAGGAAAACGUUGGUCGACUUACAAAGAGUUGGAGUGAUUUCACAAAACACACACGCCCACACAAUAGAGUUGUUUUUUUUUUUUAGAGAAUUGCUUAGUAUUCUUUAUUCACCACUAAUAGACAAUUCAAUGUGCUUGCUUCUACGCAAUUUUAUUUGUUGUUGUUUGGAAUCCGAUUUCUUCCAAUUUUAGUUAUUCAUUGUGACUAAGAGCUAAAUUUGAUUUUUGGUUUGAUUUUGAUUUGGUUUGGGUGUAUGUCUCUCGAUUCUUUUAAGUUUUGCUUGUUUAUUGUUUUAUUUUUUUUGGUGGAAGUGAGUGAGAAGGGUUUUGAAGAUUUGAAGAAAUAUGUAGAUUUGUGGGAGCCUUGAAGCUCGAAGGGUCUGAGGUCAGCCAAAAGAUCAGUGUUGGCAUGAGCUCUAUGAGCUUCAAGAUGAAAGAAUUCUUCCAAGGCUCUUCAGCAUGGAUUGUUCACUCACAAUUAUUCAUUGGUUGAAGAAACUUUAUCACUUUAUCUCAAAAAGCUUUGCAUAUCAUCAAGUUUGUUUCAGCAAUUUUAUUCUUAUUUUUUAGUUGUUGUUGCAUGUUUGAUCAAAGAUUAAGUGAAAGUACUCCUUUGUGCGUUAUUUCUAUUCAAUAGAAGCUUCCCUUACGUUCCUUUAUGAUGGUGCUAAGGUUUUUUUUUUCUUUUUUGAACUAAAUUAGCCCUUUCUUUUUGUGCUCAUUUUAUGGAGUAACCACUAUUCGGCAUGUUCUAUUUUUCUUUCACCAGAUUCUCUUUAUAUUUGGAGAUCUAACCCUUAAAAGUAAGUUUUUCAUUAAUUUAUGUUAUGAGUUUAUUGUAUUUUGAAUUGUUCUUUGGUAUUUUAUUUGAUUUUUUCUUUCUUUCCUAUGAUGGGCUUGGUGUAUUAGGAUAGGCUAGGGCGUUUAAGUUGUCAAAUGAGGACUAUGUGUUGCUUCAUAGAAGACAAGUUGUUUGAAAUUCCAUACUUAUCAGCUGUUUUUCACGAAACAUUGAGAAAGCAUAGUCCUGUCCUAGUAAUUCCUCUAUGAUAUGUGCACAAAGAUACUCAAUUAGGAGGUUACUAUAUCCCUGCUGGAAGCGAGAUUUCUAUAAACAUUUAUGGAUGUAACAUGGACAAAAAUGAGUGGGAGAAUCCUGAGGAGUGGACUCCUUAGAGAUUUCUAGAUAGGAAGUACAAUUCCAUGGAUUUGCACAAGACGAUGGCCUUUGUAGGGGGAAAGAGGGUAUGUGCAGGUGCUUUUCAAGCAACCUCUAUUUCUUGCACGGUAAUUGGUAGACUUGAUGUAAUUGGUAGACUUCAAGCAACUCAGGCGCAUUGCAACAUUUUGGCCAUCAGAAGUCGAACCGCUUCAUCUUCCAUGGCUUUGUUAACAUCACAGAUAGCUAAGACAUUCAAUUUGCUUUUUGAGACCUUAUCGUCUUCCGGCUUGGGCAUUUCGUCGAUCUUCUUCUUCAACGACAACGAAGGACUAUCAAAAUGA